AUGUUUGAACUGGCCUUCAUCGCUGUUUGUCUUCUGAUUUUGGCCUAUGUCGCCUACAAAGUUGCUACCAGUGGAUUCUUUAGCAAUAUUCAGCCAUCUGUCACCGAAGCUCCGAAGUAUCUAUCCAAAUCGCUCACAGUCUACUACAAGCACCAUAUUGGUGCCUACUCCGGUGUCGGCACGAUAUUCAAAGAAGUGCGCGGACUUCUACCUUCAGGAGCGACGACGUUUGGAAUUUUUUACGACAAUCCAAGGGAACGUGAAGAGCACCUUCUCCAAUCUGCAGCCGGGGUCAUUUUUGGAGAAGACGAUAAAGAGCUCUACACAAACAAUUAUGCUCAACAACUAACUCGAUGGGGAUAUGAGAAAAUGGUUUUACCCAAGAUUGAACGUGCUGUUGAAGUUACGCAACCUUAUACAGGAUCCCUAUCAGUGUUUGCUCUAAUGUACCGUACUUACGGCAUAAUCUGGCAGUACAUUCUGGAUAACCGACUUGAAACCACUCUGGCUCUUGAGUUCUACGAUAGCAACGAGAUCUGCGUCUCCUUUCCUCUAGAUCACACGGAGGAAUUUGUUAUACCCGAGCACCUUUCAAUAGAAGCUUUGGAGUCAAGACUUGCUAGGAAGAAGUUUGAUUCUGAUGAAGAGUCCAGCGAAAGUGAAGCCGAUCCCCAAUCGGAGGUUGAAGUUCCUGACGAGGGCGUGGUGGAGAUCAAAGCUGAUGCGGCAGGAGGCGAUAAGAAAGAUGAUUAG